CAAGGCACCAGAGAGCAGUAUCAUUUCAUCCACUGGAUCAGACUAGAAACAUAUCCUUUGGAGAUUUACCUGCAAAACAGCAUCACAUUUGAAUCUUACAAUGGACUUCUGCUCUGCAUCACAGCAAACCAGAAGCCCCAGCUCAUGGAUCACCCUCUUCCUUCUGUACUCAAUUGUCACCAUGUGCACUAGAGUAGAGGGCUGGUCCUACCAUCACUCCAACAAAACUAUGAACUGGGACACUGCUAGAAAGUGGUGCACGGAGCACUACACUGACAUGGUGGCCAUCCAGAACCGUGGAGAGAUCUCCCACCUUAACAGCAUCCUGCCCAGGCAGACCACCUAUUACUGGAUAGGGAUCCGUAAGGUGGACGACGUGUGGACCUGGGUGGGGACCAAUAAGACCCUGACUAAAGAGGCAGAGAACUGGGCAGACGGGGAACCCAACAACGGGGGGAACAACGAGGACUGUGUGGAGAUGUACGUCAAGAGAGAGAAGGACACAGGGAAGUGGAACGAUGAGUCGUGCAUGAAGAAGAAGACGGCUCUGUGCUUCACAGCCUCGUGUCAGAGCGACUCAUGUUACCAUGGAGAGUGUGUGGAGACCAUCAACAGCCACCGCUGUAAAUGCUCUGAGGGCUUCUACGGAGAGCAGUGUGAACACGUUGUUGAAUGUAAGAUGGAGGAGGUCACUGUCCCUGCUAAUGCCAGUGUCCGUUGCUCUCACCCCAAUGGGAAUUUCUCCUUUGACUCGACGUGUCAGUAUUCCUGUGAAGAGGGGUACCAGCUGAGCAGCUCCGGGCCUGUGAGAUGCACAGCCUCAGAAUCAUGGUCAGAACAGCCUCCCACCUGUGAAUUGGUCUUAUGCAGUGAGCUGUAUGAACCUGGGAAGGGUUCCAUGGCCUGCUCCCAUCCCCUGGGCUCCUUCAGCUACCUGUCCACCUGUACCUUUACCUGUGAGGAGGGCUAUGAGAGGCUGGCCUCCAGCUCUGCUACCCUGCAGUGUGGAGCCUCGGGACAGUGGAACGACUCACAGUCGCAGUGUAUUGCUGUAAGCUGCCCUACCCUCCAGCAGCCACAGGAUGGCGCUAUCAGCUGUGGAGAAGACUUCACCUAUGGAAGCAGCUGUAACUUUAACUGCUCUGAGGGUUAUCUCCUCAAGGGGGCGAUCACGCUGACCUGCACAUCAGCUGCUGAGUGGAGUGAGGAGAUACCACACUGUGAAGUGGUCUUAUGCAGUGAGCUGUAUGAACCUGGGAAGGGUUCCAUGGCCUGCUCCCAUCCCCUGGGCUCCUUCAGCUACCUGUCCACCUGUACCUUUACCUGUGAGGAGGGCUAUGAGAGGCUGGCCUCCAGCUCUGCUACCCUGCAGUGUGGAGCCUCGGGACAGUGGAACGACUCACAGUCGCAGUGUAUUGCUGUAAGCUGCCCUACCCUCCAGCAGCCACAGGAUGGCGCUAUCAGCUGUGGAGAAGACUUCACCUAUGGAAGCAGCUGUAACUUUAGCUGCUCUGAGGGUUAUCUCCUCAAGGGGGCGAUCACGCUGACCUGCACAUCAGCUGCUGAGUGGAGUGAGGAGAUACCACACUGUGAAGUGGUCUUAUGCAGUGAGCUGUAUGAACCUGGGAAGGGUUCCAUGGCCUGCUCCCAUCCCCUGGGCUCCUUCAGCUACCUGUCCACCUGUACCUUUACCUGUGAGGAGGGCUAUGAGAGGCUGGCCUCCAGCUCUGCUACCCUGCAGUGUGGAGCCUCGGGACAGUGGAACGACUCACAGUCGCAGUGUGUUGCUGUAAGCUGCCCUACCCUCCAGCAGCCACAGGAUGGCGCUAUCAGCUGUGGAGAAGACUUCACCUAUGGAAGCAGCUGUAACUUUAACUGCUCUGAGGGUUAUCUCCUCAAGGGGGCGAUCACGCUGACCUGCACAUCAGCUGCUGAGUGGAGUGAGGAGAUACCACACUGUGAAGCUGUCCAGUGCCCCUCUCCUGUGGUUCCUCUGGGGGGUCAGGUUAGCUGUGAGGCCCCCUCACAUCCCUGGGGCUCUGUCUGCAACUUCAGCUGUGAUGAGGGUUACGAUCACCAGGGGGCCCCAAACAUGCAGUGUUCACGGUCAGGGGAGUGGAGCGCUGAAACACCUACCUGCACAGCCACACCUGAGCCUCCAUUGAACCCCACUAUCCUAGGCCUGGCAGCAGGGGGCGCUGUGUCAUUAUCUGGCCUGUCUCUGGCUGCAUGGCUCCUCAAACGAAUCAGACAGAAAGCUAACAAGUUUGAUCUGAACAGCACCUCAGACAUUGAGGAACCUUUACAGACCUACAGGAACAGCAUCGACAGCCUGAUAUAGAGACCAACAACAAGAACAGCAGGAACAACAGCAGGAACAACAGCAGGAACAACAGCAGGAACAACAGCAGGAACAACAGCAGGAACAACAGCAGGAACAACAGCAGGAACAACAGCAGGAACAACAGCAGGAACAACAGCAGGAACAACAGCAGGAACAACAGCAGGAACAACAGCAGGAACAACAGCAGGAACAACAGCAGGAAUAACAGCAGGAACAACAGUCAGAUCAGGCUGGCUCUGUUUUCAAAGCAGAUCAGCUGGUCACACCUGGAUCCCAGUUCCUCAGUACUGUAAUGUAGUAGGUUAGAUAGCCUUGAAUCGUCUGACUGGGAGAGAGGUGCUACGUUGAGUAUACAGAAUCAUCUGUUCUCAUGAUGGUCCUACAGAAAAUGUCUUUUUUCUCCCUAAGGGAGUUUUGUAUUGAACAAAUUGUUCACCACUGGCUGGUAUAUGACCACAAGUCGACACAUUUCCUAUGAUACUGAUUUUGACAGCUAUUUUAUACAAACUACAGAAAGUUGUAUAUAAUAUUCCACCUUAUAAUUAAUAUAAUUUUAUGAUUUUACAGAACUGUGAAAUCAAUGCCUUUCAGUAUUUAAGUCAUAUUUAUUUUUAAACCACAGUCUGUGUGUUACAGAAUUCAAUGUGAUGUUGAAAACGUGUCUUUUGAAAUAUAAUAAAUGAUCCAAACAUUGUCAAUAA